AUGAAGGCUGCACAACGACUAUCUCAGAAUGCAGCUACCACAGAGGCGAAGAACAUCUAUCCACUUGCGUCAACAACAGCCAUGCUCUCCGUGUCUCUUGUGAAGUACGUUUACCAAUCACUAAGCCCUUCGGCAGACUACAUUCGGCUCGCAAAAGUGGAAGCCGCUCCAAAUGUCGACGACCCAAUACGCUGUAACCUAAUACAAGUAGAAUUCGGGCAAAGGCCUCGAUAUCGGGCUCUUUCUUACACUUGGGGCGAUGAGAAGGUCAAGAACACCAUCCACGUGGACGGAAAAGAGUUGGAGAUCGGAACAAAUCUUUCGGAGGCCUUAAGAUCUCUCAGGGUCGACGGAUACGACAGUUACCUGUGGGCUGAUGCUAUAUGCAUCGACCAAGAGAAUAUUCCAGAGCGAAACAGGCAACUGAAGAUUAUGCCACACAUAUACAACCGGGCUGAAACCGUAUGCGUAUGGUUAGGCGCAAACCCCGCUGCCCAGAUUCAAGAUGCCUCUCAACAUCAGUCAGAAUUAGACGAAAAGUCUCUACUGGCGCUUUGCCGUCAUCCAUACUGGCAGCGGGCAUGGAUCGUACAAGAGCUUGGAAAGGCCCGAAAGAUUCAAAUCUGUUUUAAUCAAAAUAGACUCUCUUGGGAUGACUUCAUCAAGCGAAUCAACCACCGGUCCUGGUCGUCAUGGUGGAGGGGAGACGAGCACGACACUUCCGGACCAUCAUCGCUUCACGAACAACUUCAGUCGAAAUUCGUGGAAGGACAUACCUUUGUUGAUCUUCUAAAACGUCAUCAAAAUGCACAGUGCAAGGAUCCUCGUGACAAGGUCUAUGCUUUCGUCGGGCUCGCAAUUGAUUCUUACGGGUUUCCUAUGGACUAUUCGAAAUCUCUGUAUGAAGUUUGGGAAGACACCAUUGACUUCGUGACUUCUAACGGCAUGGUUGACUCACACGACAUUCUUAGCUUUUCCAAGUUAGUAAAAAGACUUCUUGGGUGGAAAGAGAUCGAAGCAUCUAGCAACCGACCGCGAAGAUAUCCGCUUGUCUCCCCUGGUUUCUCUACUUCCGAAGGAGGGAAUCCAGAUACCAAGAUUCCAACCUCGACGGCUGGGAUGAUCAUUGAUAUAGGGCCGUCUAUAUAUCAGCUCAUUGCUGAUCUUAACGCAGCGGAUUCAUGGGCAGCCAGGCUUCAUCAAAACUUCAACAAAGAUCCGGGCCCGGCAUCUAAGGCAAACGAGGAGUUCAUGAACCAGUUGCAGACCUUAUCCGAAUCAGACCUCCAGGGAGUAUUAGCCUUCGACCCAAGUAUUCGGUGGGAGGCGUCGAGUUCAACUCCGAUCGACAUCUUACAAUACACAAGAGAUUGUAAGAUUGUGCCGUCGCCAGUCCAAGUCCCAAAAGAUUCAAACUCAAAUGGACCUGCAUACGCCGACUAUAAGGCAUUUCUAUACAGAAGUGAUAAAUACCCAGGCACAAUAUGGGGAAGAGUCGGUAUAGGCCCCGCGCAAAUGCGUGUUGGAGAUUUCAUAUAUUGCGUACGAAAUCUGGAUAAGGCUAUUAUUGCUCGCAUCAGUCGUCAGGAUGACUUGCCCGAACACAUGCUUUUGUCUGAACGAGACGAAGUCGAGAGGCUGACGCACAAUUUUGAGAUUGUUGGAACGGCUUUGCUUUCCGUUGGGUUGAGUGACCCAGAUAGGUACAACGUUGUCGCAUGGUGUGCUGACGACGGUUUUGACCUUGAAAUGGACGCGAAGACUAUAUCUGAUCUCAUAAGCAAUUGUACGGCUUCGGACUUGUUGGAUGGGAAUUGGUUUUAUGGUAGAGCUAUGUGA